AUGAAGGAACGAAUCAUGAGAUUCCGAGAUUUCGACACGGAGUGGACAGUCUUGACUGCCACGUCGGAGGACCCUUACAAGCGGGCCCGGUGGACGAGGGACGAGGACCUAGUGUUGAAACGGGUACGGAAGUGGAGGGCCAGACAUUCAUGGUACGACGGUCGGGCAGAGAUGUUUGCCUUGUCGAGAGCGUAUAUGGAGCAUGACCCCGACAAGGACAGUGCGUGGGAGUGCGUCGAUCUUCUAGGCGCCGGGGCUUUUGGCAUGGUAGGUAAAUGGUGCAAGUUCGAUACGAAACGCAGGAUCACCGAUACCGUGGCGAUCAAGCAAUUCAACUACGAAGGCUGGGAGUGCGACUCGGAUGGCAGACCUGGGGUCCCCGCCGAAGUAGCGCUGCCGGAAGCUCUCGAUCGUCAAGGGUGCAAUAGCAUCGCCGAGAUUCGGACGGCCAGAUUCUUCGACGUCAAGCGCCCGAAGUGGAGAAUUUACCUCCAGUACUAUGGACAUGGCACGCUGGGGGACUUGGUGCAGAGGUACCGGGAGAAGAGCGCCGAAGAGGGACGGAGUGUACACAUUCCAGAAGACUUCAUAUGGCAAGCAUUCAACGACUUUGCCACGGCCUACCACCACAUGCACUUCUUCCGCCUCAAGUCGCUCGGAGCCAAGGGGCGUGGUGCAGAUGUAGCCAACGGGCAUUUUGUCCUGCAUCUGGAUCUGAAGGAUACGAAUGGGAAGCCGCAAACAAUGUGGUGUAAUUUCCUUCUCGGAGACGCACCCAGCGAUGAGAAGUUCAUGCCCUAUCCCAGGCUGAAGAUCGCCGACUGGGCGCUGGGGGAGUGCACGAGUCGUUACGAUCCCAAGAAUAGCCGGAAAUUCAGGAACAAUGGGACCAUCUGUUGGAUGCCACCGGAACAAUACGAUUGCAACCGCUUCGGGCAGAACUGGGAGCGCAAUGUCAUGGGCGGGACAAACCGUGCGUACAGCGCCAAGCACGCCCUCUGGCAGAUGGCCGCCAACAUUUACGGCAUGAUGGAGCUCGAUUUGGACAAUAAGAAGCUCGAGGAAAAGCUCAGGGAAGCCGAACGUGAUGAGUAUCAUACUCGCAAGAAUGGGUAUUCUCUGGUGCCUGGGUAUCGGCAUCGACGCUACUCGUCCGAGCUGUGCCAACUGGUGGAAGAUUGUCUCAGCAUUAGACCUGAAGAUAGGCCCGAGCCGGAGUGUCUAAAAAGCAGGGUCAGGAAGGGUUUGGAGCCGUGUCUUAAGAGGUACGCGAGGACUGGGACGUAUCAAAAGCUGGAAGCUACAAAGGCCGAGUGGGGGACAGUCAAGCUGAGCGAGUGA